CUAUUCAAGGGUGAUUGUUAACUCUUAAGUUAACUCUGUACUAGUAAUUGGUAACUCUGUACUGUACACGUAGUAAUCAUAAUCACACUCGAAACCAAGCAACACGCUGCCACAGUGCCACCGUCGCCCAACUAUUCAACCGCACCACCGCGUCGCCCAACUUGAUUACUUGAGCAUUAGGGGUGAAGGAAGGCAGAAUGCCCCAAGGUGUUGUUGAUUGGAGGAGUUUACCGGAUGAUAUACUAAUUCAGCUAUUGUCAUGUCUGAGUUAUCGAGACCGAGCUAGUUUAUCAGCAAGUUGUAAGAAAUGGAGGGUUCUUGGUAACUCCCCGUGUUUGUGGACUUCUUUGGAUCUUCGUUCGCACAAGUUCGAUGCCAAUGUUGCAUCUUCACUUGCUUCUAGAUGUGUGCAUCUACAGAAGCUUAGGUUUCAUGGUGCAGAGGCUGCUGAGGCACUACUUCAUCUUCGAGCUAAGAACUUGCGCGAAUUAAGCGGUAACGGUUGCUGGAAGAUGACCGAUAUAAAUCUUGCUGUGAUUGCUGCCCGGCAUGAGUUACUCCAGAGUCUUCAGCUUGGACCAGAUUUUUGUCACGGAGUUACUAGUGAAGCUAUAAAAGCAAUAGCUCACUGCUGUCCUAGUUUGAAUAAACUCAGGCUCUCAGGUAUUAGGGAUGUAAAUGCAGAUUCUAUUAAUGCAUUGGCUACCUAUUGUCCAAAGUUGACUGAUAUCGGGUUCAUCGACUGCCUGUGUGUUGACGAGCUUGCGUUGGGAAAUGUGCAAUCGGUUCGUUUCCUUUCUGUCGCGGGGACACCAAGUAUGAAGUGGAGUGUGGUUUCACAUCUUUGGCAUAAGCUUCCUAACCUGACUGGAUUGGAUGUUUCAAGAACCGAUAUUGGUCUGUCCGCUGUUUCAAGUUUGUUAUCCUUAUCACCAAAUUUGAAGAUUUUGAUUGCUUUGAAUUGUCCUAUCCUCGAAGAAGAGACUAGCUUUUCUGCUAGUAAAUAUAAAAAUAAGUUGUUGAUUUCCCUAUCAACGGAUAUUUUUAAAGGACUAGGUUCUUUAUUUUUCGAUAAUACAAAUAGAGGAAAGAAUGUGUUUUUGGACUGGAGGACUUCAAAGAGUAAUAAUGAUAAGGGUCUUGAUGAAAUUAUACCUUGGCUUGAAUGGAUGCUGUCACAUAUACUUUUGCAUUCUGCUGUGAGCCGUCAACAGGGAGGUCUUGAUAAUUUCUGGGUUGAACAAGGUGCAUCACUCUUGCUUAGUCUAAUGCAGAGUUCUCAAGAGGAUGUUCAGGAGCGGGCAGCCAGAGGUCUUGCAAAUUUUGUUGCAAUUGAUGAUGAAAAUGCUAGCAUUGAUUGUGAAAGGGUUGAAGCAGUUAUGAGAGAUGGUGGUAUACAUCUCCUUCUUGGCCUUGCAAAAUCUUACAGGGAAGGGCUUCAGUCCGAGGCAGCUAAUGCUAUUGCGAUUUUGUCAUUGAAUGCUAAUUUUGCGAAGGCCGUUGCAGAAGAGGGUGGGAUUGAGAUUCUAUGGAAAUUGCGACUCCAACAGGAGCCAUCUGAAGUUUGUUAA